AACAUCAUACAUACAUUAAAUUCAUCAUCAAACAUCUAACUUGUGUCAUAAUAAGCUCUAACUGUGCUCAUCUUUUCUCCUCGUCUAUAUAUAGAGGAGCUCAUUGCCUCAGGUUUUCUCUCCGAAAGUUAGGUACCUCCCACAGCAAUGGCCAAGAAGAAGAACAACAACAACAAUGAAAACAAUAACGAAGGAGAGAUGAAGAAGAAAGAAGGAGGAGACGCUGAGAAAAAGGACGACAAGAGCCCGCAGAAUGUGGUGUUGAAGGUUGAAAUUCAUUGUGAGGGCUGUGCCUCCAAAAUCGUCAAAUGUGUUCGUGGUUUUGAAGGUGUGAAGUCAGUGAAAGCAGAUAUGGGAUCAAACAAAUUGACCGUAGUUGGAGCAGUGGAUCCAUCCAAGAUCCGAGACAAAUUGGAGCAAAAAAUCAAGAAGAAGGUCGACCUCAUCUCUCCCCAACCCAAGAAAGACAAAGACAAAGAAAAUGCCCAGAAACCGAACGACCAAUCCAAAGACAAACCCGCUGAUGACAAAAAACCCAAAGAGCCUCCGGUGACGACGGCGGUUUUGAAGGUGGCCCUUCACUGCCAGGGUUGUAUCGAGAAGAUUCGGAAGACUGUUCAGAAAACCAAAGGAGUGAUCAGUGUGACAGUGGACAAGCAGAAAGAGCAGGUGACAGUUAGGGGGGCAAUGGAUGCAAAAGCGUUGGCCGAGGCACUGAAGGAGAGACUGAAAAGGCCCGUGGAGAUCGUUCCGCCGAAGAAAGAAAAGGAGGAGAAAGAAUCCAAUAGUGGUGGUAAGAAGAAGAAAAAUGGCGGUGGGGACGAGGGUGGAGACGGUGGGAAAGAAGAUAAAGCUGAUAAGAAUGUAGGAGGCGGCGGCGGGAAAAUGGAAGGGCACAAAAUGGAGCAGAUGGUAGAUUUACCCGGGGUGGGUUAUUAUGGAAACCCGUAUCUGUUAAGUGGAUACGAAUAUGGAUACCCGGUAGGACAGGUCCAUGCUCCCCAGAUGUUCAGCGAUGAAAACCCAAACGCUUGUUCAGUAAUGUGAUGAUACAUAAGAAGAUCAAAAGGAGAGAUUGAAAAAGUGAAGAAUUGUAAUUAAGGAAAGAGAGUUUGGGGAAAAUUUUGGGUUAAUGCCAUUAAAUUCAGUUUAGUAAUCAACUUUGCGUUUUAUUAUGUAUUGCUUACAAUUAUCAUAUUUCUUUCCUAUGUUUCAGUUGUAAUAAUCAAUGUAAUGACCAAGUCCUUUGGUUAUUAGAAGAAUUAUGAGUAAUAAGAGAAUAUAACCCUCACGAAGGGAUGGUUUAGUUUA